ACGGGCGGGGGGCGGCUCCCGCACAGCUCCGGGGCCGGCUCCGCGGGAUGUAGCGCUCAGCACCGCGGAGAGCGGCGGGGCCGGGCCGGGGGGGGACAUGGCCGGGGUGCAGCAGGGCGAGAAGCAGCUCUUCGAGAAGUUCUGGAGAGGCACCUUCAAAGCCGUGGCCACGCCGCGACCCGAGAGCAUCAUCGUGGCCAGCAUCACUGCCCGCAAGCCGCUGUCCAGUGGGACGCUCAGCUGCCUGUCGUACCCCGCAGAGGACAGACGUCCUGAGAAGCAGAGUGGCCGUGCAGUCAAGGAUGCCUCCAGCACCAAUGGCUGUGUGAAGGGGAAGCAGAGACGAGACCAUGCACACCACAGGUCACGCAGCCCGUCCUGCGAUGGGGAGCGGCCGCCACAGCCAGCCCGGGGCAAGAAGAAGAAGAAGAAAUCCGGGCGCAAGAAGCGAAGGAGGUCUCCCUCCUACAGCCCCUCGCCUGUGAAGAAGAAGAAGAAGAAGAAGAGCUCCAAGAAGCGAAAAAGGAACAGGUUAUCCUCAAAGAAGAGAAGACACAGUUCUUCAAGCCCCAAAAGUAAGAGAAAGGAAGAAAGAAAACACAAAAAACACUCUCGUGGGCGCAGCCGGAAAUCCCAUCGCCACCGCCACUGCCACUCUCGCUCGGAGAGCUCCGACUCCCAUUCCCCCAGCUGCCGAAGCAGGCACAGAGCCAGGUCUCGGGAGGAAAGGCGUAAAACACGGCGAAGACACUCCCGGCACCAUUCCAAGAUCACGGCAAAGCGAAGCUCCUCUGCAGAGGUUAAGGCCAGCCAAAAAGCCAGCCAAACCCUCCAGCUCUACAGCUUCCUGUCUCCUAAGGAAGUAAUCUCUCAGUCAGGGUCUUCUGCUGACCUCUUUACCAAAACAGACAGCCCGCCUGGCAACCUAGCCAGCCACAAUGGAGAGUAUCAUGAAUAUGACUCAGGAAACGAUACUUCCUCCCCUCCCUCCACUCAAACGAGCUCAUCCAGGUCAAAGGACAGCCAGGAGAAAAGAAGUCUAGUCCAUGAUGGCUUUGGCCAUGCCUUCUCGUCCGGGAAGCCCAAACUGGCCAACAGCGAUAACAGCUCUGAUUCAGGAAAUUCCUUCACCAGUUGCUUUUCCCAGACCAAGGGAACAGCUUUGGAAAAUCUGUCUCCAGAUGCCCAGGGACAAGACCGAAGAGGGUGCCUGUCCUUAUGUCUCAGCUGCUCAGAGGACAAGAAGCGAGAUUUCCCCCCGUCCCCAAGCCGCAGCUCCCGCAGCGAGUCCUACACCAGCACGGGCAGGUCUUCCCCUGGCUCCAGCCGCUCCCGCUCCUCACACCACAAGGCCUCUCCCAGGUACUCCCGAAGCAGGUCCCGUUCUUCAGGAAAGAGGUCUUCUUCACGUUCCCCCAGCUACUCCUCCAAAUCCUGCAAAAAAAGUCCUGGGAGCAGGAGUUCAAGGCCUCGUCGGAGCCCCAGUUACUCCCGCUACAGCCGUAGCAGAGAGCGCGAGCACAAGUACAGCUCCAGUGACAAGGAGUCACACCGGGAGCGGGACCGGCAGCGCCGCUCCUAUUCACCCCUGAGGAAGCGGAGGAGAGACUCUCCCAGCCACCUCGAAGCUCGGCGCAUCACGAGCGCCCGCAAGCGCCCCAUCCCCUACUACCGGCCCAGCCCCUCCUCCUCCAGCAGCGCCGGCAGCUACUCCUCCUCGUACAGCAGCUUUAGCCGCUCCCCGAGCCAGAGCCGGAGCUACUCCAGCUAUCGGACGAGCCGGAGCCGAAGCUGGAGCAGCAGCAGCAGCACGGAGGUCAGGAGCCGCAGCCGGAGUUCGGGCCCCAGGAGCAGCCGCAGCAGGAGCAGGAGCUAUGACUCAGGAGGCAGUUCCGACAGCCUGCGUCGGUAGGGAGUGCCGCGGACGGCUCCCAGGGCUGGCGUCACCUCCGAAUUCCUGGCAUUCUCCGCUUCCUUCCCACCUACCUGGCCAUCGAUAGCAAUCAUCCCGGUACCGAUGUGGGGGCAGUGCCGGGUCCCCCUUCCCCGGUUUGGAGUAAGAGCCCUCGUGCGCCCAGUGCAGCCCCUUCACUGCCUCAUGGAGUGAGUGGAUCAGUCCCAGCUCCCCAAGCCAGGGCUGGAAGAAGGGUUGGUGCUUUACAGAGGGUCUGUCACAGCAGACCUGCUCCAUCCUCCCCAUCGCUGCCGCUCUCCAAUGCGCUACCAGCUGGUCCAAAGGAAAGAAUUCUGCCUCUUGCUCUUCUGCCUAGCCAGCAACCAGUGAAUGAUUUUCUGCUGGAGGGAGAAGCCCAGAUAGGGAUGGAUUUGCUGGGAAGCUUUGGUGAUGGGUGGGCGUGAUUUGUCUCCACCAAGGCAAGUAUCAGGUCCCGUGGGUCUCUCCUCCAGAGUUUCUGCCCAUUCUGCAGCAGGCCUCUUCCAUGAGAAAAUACGUAUUUAUUGCUGGUCAGCCAGCCCCUGCUAUAAAUAGGCUAGAAACCCUCCUGGCAUUAUUCCUGGGGGUAAAAAAGGCUCUUCCUUCUCUUCCUCCUGCUGUUUUCUACCAGCUGUGCAUCAUCUUUGGCAGGGUUGUUUCACCCCCACCCCACCACUGUGACUUGCUUGCGAGCUGCUGAGGUCUGAAGGAGAACGGGGCCAGUGGGGUACAAGAGAGAGGAAUGGUGGUGCCAGGCUGUGCUCCGAGGGUCAGCGCCGUGGGGUUCCCUUCUCAGAGAAAUCCUCUUGCAGUUUGGGAUGAGCUUUUUCUAAAGGGAGGGCAGUGCUGGUGGGACUGCAAGAUCUGCAGUGGGGUGCAGUGAGAGCACACAGGGACCCCCAUUCCCCUUCCUCGUAACAGGCAGCGAUUUUAAGCAGUGCCAGGAAGAUUUCAGGACACUGUUUCUCCUCAGGGUCCACUGAGGCAGGCCUAGAAGAUGCACUGGCCCCAGCGUGUUGCUGGGAUGAGGGAGCAGAGCAGGGGGGAAACAAAGGGCUGCCCACCAAUUGCCUGGAAUUCCAAGGAGCUGCAAGCAGCAGGAGGAGGGCCCUGCCUGCUCGGGCAGCCCUGGGCCCUGGGGUUUUGUCUCCCUGCCAGCCCAGCUCCUGCGCAAUUCCUGUGUUUUGCAGGGUAACAAAAGGCUUCUCCCAGCCCAGGCUGAGCUGGUACUCAGGAGGAUUUCUCUUACAACACCUGGGUGCUUAGAGACGUUAAUUUGGGCUUAAGGCAUCCCUCCCUCCCUUUUUCCAUCCCCUCCCCUUCCAUCCUGCGUGAUCAUUAACAAGUUUGGGCUCCAUGAGUCAAGGAGGUGUGUCACUCAAAUGUCACAGCAAAGGGCUAAGGGGAGGAGAAGAGGGGGCAGAAAGAAAUGCAACAUCCCCCCCCGCCCCAGCUACAGUUACCACAGUCCCCCCAGCAGUUAGAGGGGCAAAGCUGCAAGUGGAGGAAGGCCAAGCGCCACGUGGUGUUCUGGUGGAGCUGGAUGGUCCUUAGCAAGCACAUGAACCUGUUACCUGUUGGAAAGGACAAGAGGGUGGGGUGUAUUCCCACCUGAGAGGUACAAAACACAAAGGUCCCCCUUGUCCUUUGCCUUCAAACCCCAAACCCUCCCCCUUUUCCCAGCCCCUCAUCCUCUGCCUGGGUAAUGCAGGUAACUGGAGGAUGAGGGUGGCUGAGGCAGAGCUGGGCGCUGCUCAGUGGCUUGCUGGGGCCGUGUCCUUCUGCUUUGUAGGACACAUAGAGAAAAGCUUGGCUGGUGAGGCUGAGCAAUCGCUCCAGGGCUUUGGAUGAGGGAUCAGAGAUGGGGUGUUCUUGCGGUGGGGUGCCACAGCCUUCCAUCCUGUGCUGCCCUUGACAGCAGCCCCUUGGCCAUCUUCUGCAGUGGACUCCCCCCUUGUAAAGGGCUGAAAUCUCAUACUUCUUCCCCAAAGAGUCUCUCCCAGUGUGACACUGAGCACCCUGCCCUUCUGCUCCUGGGGAAGAUCCAAAGGCAGCGAUGGGAGCCCAAACCACAGAUCCACCAGUGUUCCAAGAGUAUCCUCAUCCCUCCUAAAGCAUAUGGAAGGAAGCAACAAGCCAUGAGGUCAGAAACUAGGACAGAAGAGAAGAGGGGCUUUGUGCCACUGGUGUAAAUACCAAACACAACUGACUGGGGACAGGUGAUCAAAGCACCACAUCAGGGCCAGCAGCACCCACCGCCCGUGGAACAGAUGACUCCAAGGGUUGUGUGGGGCUGACAGCAGCUCUCGUUCCCAUCCAGCUGAUCCAUGCUUUAAGGGCUGCCUCUGCUUGCGUGGUCCAUGGCAGAUAAAGAUUCCUGGGGUUUCCUCAUGUUGGAGUAAACCUCUGAAGUUAUUUAUUUAUUUAUUUAUUGUUGUGAUUCUGUGUUUAAUCGUAUGUCAGAAUGGAUGCAGGUGCUCCCUGGUACCAGUAUUUAUUUAUUCCUAUUUGUUUUGAAGCAGUAAGUUAUUUUGGGAUCUGUUUGUUUGUUUGAAUGUAUCCAUGCCACUGGUCUCAUGUAAAGGUUUACAGCCCUGGCCCCUCUUGGUGAGGAGUGACGGUCACCGCUGCUGCCAACACAUCCCUUUGGCUGCGCUCUCUGGAGCAGGGUGGAGAGGCAGCGGGACACAGGGCAGAGCUGUUGGUCUGUUCUCAUGGUAAAAUCCAGGGUUUCUCAGUCGAUUUGUGACGGAUGUGACCACAGAAACGGGUCUGGGACCUCACGGAGGUGACGGCGAGGGUCUGCUCACCGGCUGCCCAUGCACUCGGGUGUCUGCGGUGCUGCGAGGGGAAGUCUGAGCCCAUCCCUGCUCAGCCCGGUCCGUGCUCACCCGGCUGGGUGCCAGCUGGCUGCUGCUGCUGUUUGCCUUGGCUCCGCACAGCCCAAAACCGAGCGGCUCUGCAGAGGCCCCGCUGCUCCCCCUGGGAGGAUGCCAUCGCCAGGACUCCCCUGCCCUGUUUAUCCACCCAUGGAAAAACUAAAGGAAUGAGGCUGCGAGCGAGUGAGCCAGGCUGAAGGUGCUUGCAAAAUCCCCGCUGUGGUGACAGGACCCAACCGAGCCUCUGCGUGCACGUGGAUGCGCGGGUACAUGUGCAGGCGUACACGAGAUCCCUCAGUGGUGGUAUUGACCUUUUAACUUAUUUCAGAUGUGUAGUACAAUGGAACAUCACCCUCCCUGUCCGUGGGUUUCCUGUUGCUUUGCCUGAAGCCCGUGAGCUUUUCUGCCUGUGCCUUUUGCCAGCACUCGCUUAGUUUUUAACGUUGUUUUGCUCAUUCAUUGCUUUCAUGGACUUGUGCUCCACAUCCAGCAUCUCAGCUUGCUGCUGGUGCUCUCUGCAGCGAGCAGCAUUCAGCUGCUGGAAAGGCAGCUCAGUGUUGGUGAACCGCUGCUUGCCUGCUGUUGGCCUCAUGGGGGAUGGCCAGGGCUGGCUGCAGCCUCGAGGCAUCAGGGGAACAUCUCAGCUGGUUUUUGGAGGCCCCAUCUCGGAGGGUUUUGCUUUCCUCAAUCACAGGCUCUUCCCCACCCAUGAUCUUGUUUCCAUCCCAUAAGCACCCCGCUCGCCUUUCCCUGGCAGAGCACACCACAGCACCCAUCCCAAACGUCACCCUGACCCCAGAGCUGUGCUGUUGGUUCCCCAUGCUCCUGGGACUACCUUGGGGUUAUCACACCGAGCAAGGCUCAUCCCACCUCUCCCAACCCCUGCACUGGGGCCAGGCUCAGACAACCCAGCACCAUCUCUGCAGGUUUGCUGGACAGCAAAGAUAAGGGAUGUUCCAGAGCACUGCUGGGUUCUUGAGUCCCAGCAUCCCGUUGACCUUUGCUCUGCGUUGACUGCAGCUUUCCUCAAUGUCUCUGUUGCUUUGGGGGACUGAAUUUGUACCAAACUUGUGUGCAACAGCCAAUCACUGUUAUUUUGCUAUGCAUUGUACAUACGUUGAACAGGCUGAGAGGGCUUGGCCUCUAUUUAAUAUUUAUUUCUUCUAUUUAUUGAGCAUUCCUU